AUGGCUGCACCCAACUGUUUUGUAAAAUUUUUGCUGCUGGUGUGGAAAAACUUUUCAAUGCUACCCGGCCGAAAAUGCUACAUGAUCAGCCUUUUCAUUUUCUUCGUCCUCCUGCCCAUAUUUUGUAUGUGCCUUAGGCUUGUACCGGACUUAAGGAAGCAAUCAGCCAUACCCGGACCAACUGCCACAGCUGCGCUUCUCUACCAUUUCCCGGAGAACAUUUUUUACUCACCUAAAACAGAAAUAGUCAGCAAGUUGGUUAACGAAUUAAAAAUAAAUAAAACCACAGGCUUCAAAACUCCGGAAAAACUCCAUGAAGCCUUGGUCGGCUUUCCCCUUGACAACAGUAGUGUGAUUGGAAUUCAGUUUUACGGCAGCUGGACCGAGUGGCCAGACAAGUUAUCCGUGGCCAUCCGUGCCCCCAUACGAUCUGCGUUGGAUGUAAAUGAUAUGUUCUCGAUGGAGGGAAAUCCGUUGUAUAUAUCCGGCUUUCUAAGCAUUCAGCAGGCAUUGAGCCAGAUGCACAUAAUGUACAAGUGCAAGCAAAUGAAGAAAUGUCAAAGGAAUAUGACGUUUCCCGAGUUCAAGGACCUUCCCACGCCACCCAUCUAUGGAUCAGACUACACAUUUGCCUUGCAGGGUGUGGCCAAACUGCUGAUUCAAGUCAUAAUCUUUUUUGUGGUCAUAAGUCUGACAAAGUCCAUAGUCGAAGAAAAGGAGCUGCAGCUCAAGGAGACACUGAACCUUUUGGGCGUUGGUUCCGGCUUGCAGUGGCUGGCUUGGUAUACCCAGAACUUCAUAGUGCUCCUGUUUGGAUCGGCCAUGAUAACGUUGUGCUGGAAAGUCGUCCUACCAAAGGCGGAAACAUCCUUUCUGCCGUUCACCCACUGGUCGAUAGUCCUGUUCAUACUGCUCAUCCUCAGCCACUGCAUGAUCUGCUUCAGCUUCCUGAUGAGCAGUCUUAAGUCCUCGACCCGUCACAUCUCCCUGAUCACCAUCCUAGCCUUGUUCGCCACCAAUAUUCCCAUAUGGGUCUUGUAUUCCAAUAACUGUGCGGAGGGAGUGAGCGCCUUCUGUGCCCUUUUCAUUCUGUCCGGUUUGGGCUUGUUGCAAAUAUCCUUGAGUUCCUGGGAGGCCUAUGGCGUGGGUCUGCAGUGGCAUAAUCUCUUCAAGCACUCUUGGCCGGGGGACACGAUCUGCGUGGGAUAUAUCCUGCUGCUUAUGCUGCUGGCCAGUCUGCUGAGCGUCCUCAUCUGCCUGUAUGUGGAGAGGAUCCGGCCAGGUCCUUAUGGGGUAUCUCGUCCCUGGCACUUCCUCUGCACUUGCUGCUGCCCCACCGAAAAUCUCGUGCCCUAUAAGCGGUUCUUCUACAGGAUUUUCGGCCUGCAUGCCACGGCCCCUGAUGUGGAACGUCCAGAUCAUCAGCUACUGGAGGCAGAUCCGGAGGGCAAGAAGGCUGGCGUUCAGAUCAGAGGCCUCAGCAAGGUCUUUGGCAAGAGGGAGGCAGUGAAGCCACUGAGUUUCGACAUUUUCGAGGACCAGAUCACAGUACUAAUGGGUCACAAUGGAGCGGGCAAGACCACGCUGAUCAGCAUGCUGGCCGGAUUUAUUUCGCCCACUUCUGGGACGGCUCUGAUAAAUGGCUAUGACAUCCGAAGGGAGCGGAACAAGGCCCGCAGCUGCAUUGGCCUGUGCCCGCAGCACAAUUCCCUCUUCAAGCACUUGAGCCCGACCAACCACAUCUGGUUCUUCAGCCGGCUGCGGGGAGUAAAAGGUGCUGAUGUCAAGGCGGAGGUGGAGAAGUAUCUGGAGAAGCUCAACCUGCAGCACAGGAGGAAGACGGCAGCCCGGAAUCUCUCCGGCGGAACCCAGCGCCGGCUGAGCGUCGCCUGUUCGCUCUGCGGAGGAGUUAAGGUGCUCAUCUGCGACGAACCCAGUACAGGAUUGGAUCCCGGCGCCCGGCGGGAGCUGUGGAAACUCAUCCUGGAGGCCAAGGAGGGCUGCACCAUCCUGCUGACCACCCACCAUUUGGACGAAGGAGAGGUCCUGGGCGAUCGCAUUGUGAUUAUUAGCGACGGUCGUCUUCGUUGCAUCGGAUCGCUGCAGUUCCUCAAGAAACAGGUGGACGCCGCCUGCCUCCUCACCUGUGAGACCAGAAAGCGAUGCGACGUGGACAAGCUGAGUGCUUUGAUAGCCCGUCAUGUGGGUGAAAUCAGACCGUUUAGCAUCAAGGGUCGGGAUGUUUGCUACAAGCUGCCGCUCAGCAAGUCGAAGACCUUUUCCGCGUUGUUCAAGGACCUGGAGCACCAGAUGAAGGAGCUGGGCGUUCGGGGAUUCGGCAUGAGCUCCGUAAGUCUGGACGAGAUUUUCAUGAGUUUCGGGGCGGAGGACUUCGAUGCUCGAAAAGCUGGAGGUGCUGAGAAAAAAGAUGAUGAGGAUGACGAUGAUAUCGAUAAUGAGGACGAGGACGAGGAUCAGGAGGAAAAUGAACGCAACUGUGGCAAGCACUGGUUGGCGAUGAUGAUCAAGAAGACUCUGUCUCUCUACGACAAUAAGAUUUACUUCCUGCUGCUUUUGUCGCUUCCCAUUAUUUACUACUUGUCGACGCUUUUGAAGGAUAAAAAUCCGGAAGAUUUGGGCAGACUGGAGGUGAAUGUGGCGGAUUAUGGUGGCGUUGAGGCUACCAUUUUGGUGUCGGAACAGAUAAACAAAUCAUAUGUGGGAAUACGACCAUCGCAUUAUGUGGCGGGUUUUAUCGGCAGUGACAUCAAAUUAAACGUGAUAUCGGAACCCGUGGAGGACUACACGGACAGGGCCUCGAAGACGAGGGAGGGAUUGAGAGAGAUUACCUUCAUGCCGAUGGCAGUCGACUUUGGCACCAAAACAAUCGGAUGGGUGGGUCCCAGGCAUUAUAUCCAUGCGGCGCCCAUGACCGUUAAUCUGGUCUACAAUGUCAUGGCCAGUGAGCUCCUGGGACCAAAAAUCACCAUAGAAGUAACCAGCGUGCCUUUUAGGAAACGACUCAAAAAGGAAAUGAUGUCCACCGAUACCUCAGGAAUACCCGUAUACGUCUUAUGCUAUGUGAUCAUUGCCAUGAUCCUGUUCGCGAAUGCGAUUAUCCAGGAGAGAGUGUCGCACAUGAAGAUGCAGCAGGAGGUCUCCGGCCUGGGCAUGAUCACCUACUGGCUGAGUCACCUGCUCUUCGACAUGGUGGUCUUUCUGGUCUUGGUCCUGGUCCUGUUGCUGCCACUCUAUAAGUAUGCUCCCUGGGAUAAGCUGCUGCUAGUGCUGUUCUUCACUGGACUGGCGGGCCUGGUGUUCACAUACCUCUUGAUACUAGCAAUAUCGGCCACUUUUCUAGCAGUAUCUUUGACCCUUCUGUUCGCUUACGUGGCAUUAUUCGCUUUGAUUAUAGUUGGAGCCCUGGCUUUUAAUUAUAAAUUCUUAUAUGGAAUAAUUUACAUUGCCAACCUGCAUCCCAUGAUAGGUGGGUAUUCCUGCCUGAGCAAAUGCUUUCAGUGUAAGCACAUAUGCGAGUCCUACAACGAGGCAUCUGCAAUGCCAGAGCCUAAUGAUCCAAAUCUGGCAGCCAGGUAUAACAUGGAUUGUAUUAACCCCUUUAGUCUUACUCUACCGCGAUGUGUGUGCAAACAUCCUAUAAUGUGGCCUGAGAUGAUUGUCAUGCUAGUUGGGGCCAUUGUUUAUUUUAUUUUAAUAAUGUUCCUUGAGUACGGCAGCUGUUUGUGGUACAGAUGCAAAGGCUGUUGUAUGUACAGGUCGAAUAGGCCCAUUGAGAAUGCCAAAGUUGCCAGGGAGGCGGAGAAAAUAAAGAGUAUGGAUGCUGAGCAGAUAGAAAGUCGGGCUCUGGUCGUCAGGGAGGUAUCCAAAAAAUACUGUUGUGGUCCUCUGGCAGUCAACAAUAUUUCCUUCGCUGUCAAACCGAGCUAUUGUGUGGGCUUACUAGGACCCAAUGGAGCCGGAAAGACUAGCACUUUCAAGAUGAUUGUGGGCGAGCACUCGAUAGACAGAGGCAAUAUAUACAUCGUGGGCUACAGCAUGAAAAUGAAGCGCAAAAAGGCGAUGAAGGAACUCGGCUACUGUCCUCAGUUUGACUCGUCCUUCGAAUUCCUCACUGGUCGCCAGCUGCUGAAGUUCUACCUUCUCUUGCGAGGCACUGAAAUCAAAAUGUUAAAGGAACGAUCGGACCAACUGGCCCAUCAGUUCGGAUUCGCCAAGCACGUGGAUAAGAAGAUUAAGUACUACAGUGGAGGAACUAAGCGGAAACUAAAUGCCGCUGUUGCAUGUAGGGCAAAAUCCAUGAUUUGCCUGGACGAGCCCAGUGCCGGGGUGGAUCCUGCCUCAAGACGUCACGUUUGGACCAUCAUCAACGAGAUUGCCAACAAGGGCAAGGCCGUGCUGCUCACCUCCCACAACAUGGACGAGAUCAAUGCCCUUUGCACCAAGAGCGUUAUCCUGGUGGAUGGAAGCAUCUACGCCAUGGGAUCAACCCAGCACGUAAAAAACCAAAUUGCCAAGGGAAUGUUGCUCAAGCUGAUUGUUAAUGAAGACACAGAAGGAAUGGGGCAAACGCUGGCAAAGAUUGAGACUGAGAUAAAGAAAGCCUAUCCUAAUACAAGGACUAAGGAGAAGUAUGAGUUUAGUGGGAGGCUUACCUUCCAAAUCACCGAAGAAGACAGCAGCUGGUCGCAGAUUUUCAAUUUUGUCGAGGCCAAUCGCAAUGCCUGGCAGCUGGCAGACUACUCUAUAACGCAGCCAUCUUUGGAGGAUGUCUUCGAGGAGAUUGCCGAGGAGAGGAAAGACAGGAGAAGAGGCUUUAGAUAGGUGCCAAGGGCCUGAAAAGGUAUCCUGAUGUGGCAGAGAAGCCUUUAUGAAAACCAUCUUACUUUAAACCAAUUUGAUUUGGAUAAGUGGAUAUCAUUCUACCCAAGCUCCAAUUACCCAGUUCAAUUGGCUCAAAGUAAAAUAGUUGAGCAUUAAUAGUAUAUAACCUAUUUAGUUAAAAACUUUUGGUCGUCUAACCAUUUUCAAAAUUGCAUUUUAAUUUUAAAAAUUAAUAUUAAAUAUUUAUUGUAUUUUAAUAUUUGUAAUAAAUUCGAAAUGCCUAAUUAACAGGCUUUUCUUAUUUUUG